CUCCAACGUCAAACCUAUUCCAUCCAAUAAACAUAACCUUCCCAAGAUAAUUUUCUAAUUUUUGUUCGUUCCUGCGUGUCGUGAAGUAAAAAACUCUCAAAAAUGUCGAAAGCGGCGGGACGAUUGAAAACUAUGAAGAAGAUGACUGACAAAAUCGUUCAUACGAAGAAACUUCGCACAAAUAUUCCAGCAGGAAUGGCUGCUGCCGGUCCCCCGCUCGGACCACAACUCGGUCAACGAGGCAUCAACAUCGCAGCUUUCUGCAAGGAUUUCAACGAACGAACCAAAGACAUCAAGGAAGGCAUUCCGCUUCCAUGUCGCAUUUCCGUCAACUCCGAUCGAUCCUACGAACUAGUCAUCCAUCAGCCACCUGCAACAUUCUUCCUAAAACAAGCAGCUGGGAUUCAACGGGCUGCCAUGUACCCUGGGAAGGAAACAUCGGGAAUGAUCACUCUCAAGCAUCUCUAUGAAAUAGCGAAAAUCAAACAUCAAGACCCGCCAAAUGCCCUGAUGACGCUGGAGCAAAUGUGUAACAUGUUGAUCGGUGUAGCGAGAACUUGUGGGAUUAAAAUCGUCCGAGAAUUGAAUGCGGAGGACUACACGCAAUUCCUAGACGAGCGCAAAACUGUUGUGGAGGAGCAAAGAAAGGAACUCCAGGAGAAGCGGGAAGCAAAGAUGCUGCGUACGGGAUAGAAACUCAAUCUGUUUGGAUAGAAUAGGUUUUAUUAGACUUAAAUAUAAAAUGAAAAGAAUCGUUA